CCACACCUUUCGGCCGCUUUACGCAACGCCUUUUUAAUCCCUUCCGCCCUCCGCUUCCCGUCCACCCCCCAACCCCAGCCCAGCCUGCCCUGCGCCGCGCCGUCCCUGACCCGGCGGCCAUGGCGGAGGAGCAGCAGCGGCAGAGGUGGCAGGAGGGCCACCGCCUGUGCGCCAACAACUGCGGCUUCUUCGGCAGCCCCGCCACGCUGGACCUCUGCUCCAAGUGCUACCGCGACCUCAACCAGCACCAGCCGGCCUUCACGCCGUCCUCCGCCGCUGCCUCAGCUUCCGCUGCUUCCGAGGCGGUCAUCGCGGCCGUGGCCUCUUCCGAGCCCGUGGCUCCAGCGAUGGCCCCCGCGGGCGCCAGGCAGGCGGGCAGGUGCGCGAGCUGCCGGAGGCGCGUGGGCCUCACGGGGUUCGCGUGCCGCUGCGGCGCCACCUUCUGCGGCGUGCACCGGUACCCGGAGCGGCACGCGUGCGCCUUCGACUUCCGCGCCGCCGGCCGCGAUGCCAUCGCGCGCGCCAACCCCGUCGUUAGGGGCGACAAGCUCAAGGACAAGGUCUGAGGACUCCCGCUCUGUUCCUCGACGCGACGCCGGAGGGAGGAGGAGGAGGACGGCGGCGGCGGCCCGAACGGAUCGUCGGACUGUACCAAGUACUCCGUGUACCCCCUACCCUCGAUUGCAUGUGUAAGCUGACGCCCCGUCAGGCGCCGCAAAGUUCAAAUCGAAAGCUAAACUGGUUUCGAAUAAGAGACCCGGAUCGGCGGCCUUGUUGCGUGCAGUUGUUGUGAUUCGUGAGGUUCCUGUAACGCCCAUGUUCGUUUGA